AUGUCUUGGCUUUGCCCGGUCUACCUACUCUCCUCAUGGUUGGGACUCGACUCGCAUGCUCCGACACUGGGCAGUCCAUCGUCGAGCAUAUUGCUUUAUUCCAGACUAAGACCAGGCUCAUGCUCAUGCAUUCGACAAAGAUUCCCACGCGCAAGUCUCGUUCAUGACGAGCGAGCUCAGCAUGCUUCACAGCUCGACAGACAGCGUAGAUGGGCAUCAGCGAGUGACGAUGCUCGUGUUCGAGCUGUCGUGUGCGGACGCCCAGAACAACAAUCCCAAGUAUCGCAUCAACGCUCGCCAAAGCCGUAUGAUACGACCCAGGACGGUGACGAGGUAAGCAGAAUCAGUGGUUGGCUUGUCUCGAGUCCUGUUAGAGACAGUUCUCUGGGCACGGUCAAGAUGGCAGCAGAAUACGAUCUGCUUUUCAAGCUUCUGUUGAUUGGCGACUCGGGCGUUGGCAAGUCCUGCUUGCUGCUCAGAUUCGCAGACGACUCGUACAGUGACAGCUACAUCAGGUCAUCAUCCUCACUCAUGCUGACUGCGCUCACAGGCGUCGAUUUCAAGAUUCGCACUAUCGAGCUAGGAGGCAAGACAGUCAAGCUGCAGAUUUGGGACACUGCAGGUCAGGAGCGAUUCAGGACGAUCACGUCGAGCUACUACCGUGGAGCACACGGCAUCAUCGUCGUCUAUGAUGUCACCGAUCAGGACACGUUCAGCAAUGUCAAACAGUGGCUGCAAGAGAUUGACCGAUAUGCUUGCGAGGGCGUCGACAAGUUGCUAGUAGGCAACAAGUCGGAUCUCCAACAGAAGAAGGUCGUCGACUAUACCGUCGCGAAAGAAUUCGCAGAUCAACUCGCUAUUCCCUUCCUCGAGACGUCAGCCAAGAACGCCACAAACGUCGAGCAAGCUUUCCUCGUCAUGGCCGAGCACAUCAAACGAAGGUCAAUUGGACGAACAGACUUGCGUCAUCUGCUGUCAACUCGACCGCUGGAAAGCAGACCCUCAAGGUCGGUGGUGGCCAGAACGUGCAGCAAACGAGCGCUGGCGGCUGCUGCUAGACACACGCAUUCCAGUCUUCGUCAGAGGCUUCUAAGUCUCUCAACUUCUCUGUCACACUCGCGGCGCUCUCAAAACGAUAAAGCUAAAGACUGCGAGCGAGCGGAAGAGUACGUCUCAUUGUUGGAGCAGAAACGAGCCAAUGUACAGCUUUUUUGCUUUUUGAGAGGUGCAUGCUUUAUAAUUUCGUGA